GACUCUCGCUCCCAACUCAUCCAGCUCAGGCAGCUGCACCCCAAGUCCCCAGUGAGAGAGGAGCUGACCCACCAAGAAAGCCAGGGACCUACUACCCAGACACACUUCCUCUACCUAUAAGGGUGGAGAAGGGAUUUUUUUCUUUUAUCUUCCCCCACCCCCCUUGAUUUUGAUUUAAAUUGGACUUCUCAGGGGACCUGUUGACUUGGAACGUGCGAGAGGAUGAAGGGGCCGUGGCUGGUUCUGGCAGCUCUGUGCCUCGCCCUGGCAAACCUGGGUGCCUGGGCAGAGGACGGGCUAGAUUUCCCCGAGUAUGAUGGAGAGGACCGAGUAAUCAACAUCAACCUCAAAAACUACAAGGCCGCCCUGAAAAAGUAUGAAGUGUUAGCCUUGCUGUACCAUGAACCAAUUGAGGAUGACAAGGCUUCCCAAAGGCAAUUUGAGAUGGAGGAGCUGAUCUUUGAGUUAGCUGCCCAAGUCCUGGAAGAUAAAGGUGUGGGAUUUGGCUUAGUCGACUCUGAGAAAGAUGCUGCUGUGGCCAAAAAAUUAGGACUGGAUGAAGAAGACAGUAUCUACGUAUUCAAAGAUGACGAGGUUAUCGAGUAUGAUGGGGAAUUUGCUGCAGAUACUCUGGUUGAAUUCUUGUUGGAUGUACUUGAGGACCCCGUAGAGUUUAUUGAGGGAAGUCAUGAACUUGCCGCAUUCGAAAACAUUGACGAGGAUCAAAAGCUCAUUGGAUACUUCAAGAAUGAAGAUUCUGAUCAUUACAAGGCCUACUUAGAUGCAGCAGAGGAAUUCCACCCCUACAUCCCGUUCUUUGCUACUUUCGACAGCAAGGUUGCUAAGAAACUGGACCUCAAGAUAAACGAAAUUGACUACUAUGAGCCUUUCCAUGAUGAGCCGGUCACAAUCCCCAACAAGCCCAACAGUGAAGAAGAAAUUGUAGACUUCCUGCACUUACACAAGAGACCAACACUGAGGAAACUUAAGCCUGACAGUAUGUAUGAGACUUGGGAAGAUGAUUUGGAUGGAAUUCACAUUGUUGCCUUCGCUGAAGAGGAUGACCCCGAUGGUUAUGAGUUCCUGGAAAUCAUUAAAGAAGUAGCAGAAGACAACACAGAUAACCCUGACCUCAGCAUCAUCUGGAUCGACCCAGAAGAGUUCCCACUGUUGAUUCCAUACUGGGAGGAAACAUUCGACAUUGACCUGUCCCGACCCCACAUUGGUAUUGUCAAUGUCACAGAUGCCGAUAGUAUUUGGAUGGACAUGGAUGACGAAGAAGACUUGCCCACUGUAGAUGAACUGGAAGAUUGGCUUGAGGACGUUUUGGAAGGAGAUGUCAACACAGAAGAUGAUGACGAUGACGACGAUGAUGAUGAUGAUGACGACGACGAUGAUGACGACGAUGAUGACGAUGAUGAUGAUGAUGACGAUGAUGAUGACGAUGAUGACGACGACGAUGAUGAUGAUGAUGACGACGACGAUGAUGAUGACGACGAUGAUGACGAAUAAACAGUCAACUGACAAAGUCGUUAGCAUCUAACUAGUUUAUAUAUAUGUAUACUUAUUUCACAUGUCAAUCAUCUGUCAAUGGAAACAACUUAUUUUUAUAUGAAUUUUAGAAAAUUUUAUUUCCUCAACCAUCCCAUGGUAUCAUCAUCUUGUAAAUGUAGAAUUCCCAGAUUCCGGAAUAUACACUGGCAUGGGCGAUGGGCUUAGCAAAGCAAAGUCAUUUCCUGAACCAGCCUCUCAGUCCAUUCAUGGUUGGUUUUGUCCCUUUCUAAAGCCCAAGGACUGAACCAACUCUGAAAAACAACCCAUGUGCCCCCCCCAAAAGCCAAUACUAUUGAGACUCCAAGACCAAAACAUGUUUCUGUCCAUCCAGACAGGGUUAUUCAAUGGAGUUUCAUGGAGGGUCUAUUACUAACUUAGGUACAAAAGUGGCAAUAAUUGGCUUUAUUGAUCUACUGUGAGUUUGACCGAUAAAUUAGCAGCCAAGGGGCUCAUGCCCUACGCCAUUUGGCACCUAAUGUUAGUAAAUUUGCCCUAUUAUAUCUUUAAACACAUUAGUUACUUACCCCAAGGAAAUCAAAGUAGAUAGUGAGAUCUGCCUCUAGCAUUUUACACAUCUAGUCUUAAAGCUUCAUCCUAUUAAGACAGUGCACUUACCAACCAGAAAACCUUGAAGUACUACAUUGUUAGCACAACUAUUAUUUAUUGUGUCGGUUUUUUUGUAUCACAAGACAAUGACUAAAUCUCAUUCUCCAGUUUUUUUCUAAAAUCCAGAAAAAAAAAACAUGUCAAACCCAACUCACUGACAAUGUCUUAAAUCAUUAUUUCCUUUGCUCUUUUUUCGGAGCAUCCCAGAUUCUGAAAUCUAAUGGUACAAAAAAAAAAGAAAGAUCGAUAACACCCAAA